GGCCUCUGUGACCUCUCACCUCCACGGCCCGUUGAUGCAGCCUCAAAAAGCCGCGGUUGGAGCCAGCAGGGCCUGGCAGGAGCCGUGGGAGCCCAGCCUGUGCCUGCCCAGCUCUGGCUGAGGUGGAGCAGGGCGGCUGUGUGGGUGUGCAGACAGCCUGCUGGAGAGGGGACAGCACCCCAAGGACAGCCAUGGAGAAGAUGGCCAGGGUCACCACUGCCCUGGGGGGCAAUGCGCUGUCCGGCCGCACCAUGUUCUGCCACCUGGAUGCCCCUGCCAAUGCCAUCAGCGUGUGCCGGGACGCUGCCCAGGUGGUGGUGGCAGGCCGCAACAUCUUCAAGAUCUAUUCCAUCGAGGAGGAGCAGUUUGUGGAGAAGCUGAACCUCCGUGUGGGCCGCAAACCCUCCCUGAACUUCAGCUGCGCUGACGUGGUGUGGCACCAGAUGGACGAGAACCUGCUGGCCACCGCCGCCACCAACGGCGUGGUGGUCACCUGGAACCUGGGCAAGCCGUCCCGCAACAAGCAGGACCAGCUGUUCACGGAGCACAAGCGCACUGUCAACAAGGUGUGCUUCCACCCCACCGAGGUGUACAUGCUGCUCAGCGGCUCCCAGGACGGCUACAUGAAGUGCUUUGACCUGCGCAAGAAGGACUCUGUCAGCACCUUUUCCGGCCAGUCAGAGAGCGUACGUGAUGUCCAGUUCAGCAUCCGGGACUAUUUCACCUUCGCUGCCACCUUUGAGAACGGGAAUGUGCAGCUGUGGGACAUCCGCCGGCCCGACCGCUAUGAGAGGAUGUUCACGGCCCACAACGGGCCCGUCUUCUGCUGUGACUGGCACCCAGAGGACAGGGGCUGGCUGGCCACAGGCGGCCGUGACAAGAUGGUGAAGGUGUGGGACAUGAACACAACGCGGGCCAAGGAGAUCUACUGCGUGCAGACCAUCGCCUCGGUGGCACGGGUGAAGUGGCGCCCCGAGUGCAAGCACCACAUCGCCACCUGCUCCAUGAUGGUGGAUCACAACAUCUACGUGUGGGACGUGCGCCGCCCCUUCAUCCCCUCCGCCAUGUUCGAGGAGCACAAGGACGUCACCACGGGCAUCGUGUGGCGGCACCUCCACGACCCCUAUUUCCUCCUCUCGGGCUCCAAGGACAGCACCCUUUAUCAGCACAUCUUCAAGGACGCCAGCCAGCCCAUCGACAGGGCCAACCCCGAGGGGCUGUGCUACAGCCUCUACGGAGACCUGGCCUUCGCCGCCAAGGAGAGCCUCAUCUCCUCCGACUCCAACCGCAAGCCCUACAUCGGGGACCGGCGCCACCCCAUCUUCUUCAAGCGCAAGCUGGACCCCACGGAGCAGUUUGAGUACAUCUCGUCCUCCAGCGCCCUCAGCGUGUUCGAGACGGACGUGGAGAGCGGCAGCAUGGACUGGUUCGUGCACACGGCCAAGCAGUACGCGCUGACCGGCCGGCCGCUGGCCGAGCUCUGCGACCACAACGCCAAGGUGGCCAAGGGGCUGGACCGCAACCAGACGUGGACGAUGCUGAGGAUUAUCUACUCCAGCCUCGGCACCGUGUCAUCCACAAACCUCAACCACAGCAUGGGGAAAGGCAGCACUGCCCUCCCACUCAUGAACAGCUUUAACCUGAAAGAUAUCCCUGCUGGGCUGGGCAGCGAGUCCAGACUGGACCGCAGCAAAGGAGAAAGCCGCACAGAAAACAUCCUCAUGGAUUCCUCUUCCACCCUGAUCAACAACGAGGACAACGAGGAGACGGAGGGCAGCGACGUCCCUGCGGAUUAUCUGCUGGGAGAUGUGGAGGCAGAUGAGGAUGACCUGUACAUGAUGGACCACGAGAACCCACACGCUGAAGAGCAGGAAUACAGCCUUCCUCAGGAAGCCUUUCCCCUGCGCCACGAAAUCGUGGACAACCCGUCGGCCUUGGACCACCUGCAGGACAAGGCCGACUCCCCUCACGUCAGCGGCAACGAGGCCGAGACGGUGUCGCUGACCCCCGUGGAGUCCUUCUCGCUGAUCUCCAUCUCCCACUCGCUCUACGAGAACCGCCUGCCCUCCGACUUCUUCAACCCCAUCGUGCGGGACACGCUGCUCUUCUACGCCGAGCAGGGCGACGUGCAGACGGCCGUGUCCGUGCUCAUCGUGCUGGGAGAGCGCAUCCGCAAGGAGAUCGAUGAGCAGACGCAGGAGCACUGGUACACGUCCUACAUCGACUUGCUGCAGCGCUUCCAGCUCUGGAACAUCUCCAACGAGGUGAUCAAGCUGAGCACCUGCCGUGCCAUCAACUGCCUCAACCAGGCUUCCACCACCCUGCACGUCAACUGCAGCAACUGCAAGCGGCCCAUGAGCAACAGGGGCUGGAUCUGUGACAGGUGUCGGCAGUGUGCCAGCAUGUGUGCCGUGUGUCACCACGUGGUGAAGGGGCUCUUCGUCUGGUGCCAGGGCUGCAGCCACGGCGGGCACCUGCAGCACAUCAUGAAGUGGCUGGAGACCAGCUCCCACUGCCCUGCUGGCUGUGGCCACCUCUGCGAGUACACCUGAGCCCCGUGCCCGCGGGGGGGCUGGCAGCGGGGUGGCGCGGGGGUGAGCAGGGCAGGCAGCUCGAUAGCCCUGGCACCGCCCUCCCUGUAUUUAUUUGUGUAAAUAAGGGCCGGGGGUGCACCCCCUGCCCGGCCGUUUUUUACUGGAUUAAA